AUGGCGAAGGCAGACCAGCGUUUCGGCCAGCGGGAUGGCUCCGACCAGAACUUCGACUACAUGUUCAAGCUGCUGAUCAUCGGUAACAGCAGCGUGGGGAAAACGUCCUUCUUGUUCCGCUACGCCGACGACUCCUUCAGCAACUCCUUCGUCAGCACCGUCGGUAUCGAUUUCAAGGUGAAGACGGUGUACCGCAACGACAAGAGGAUCAAGCUGCAGAUCUGGGACACGGCAGGACAGGAGCGUUACCGCACCAUCACCACGGCUUACUACCGCGGCGCCAUGGGCUUCAUCCUCAUGUAUGACAUCACCAACGAGGAGUCCUUCAACGCCGUCCAGGACUGGGCCACCCAGAUUAAGACGUACUCGUGGGACAACGCCCAGGUGAUCAUGGUGGGAAACAAGUGCGACAUGGACGAGGAGAGAAUCGUUCCUCCAGAGAAAGGAAAACACCUCGCUGAUCAAUUAGGCUUCGAGUAUUACGAGGCCAGCGCCAAGGAGAACAUCAACGUGCGGCAGGUCUUCGAGCGCCUGGUGGACAUCAUCUGCGUGAAGAUGUCGGAGCGCGUGGACGUGGAGGCGCCGGUGGCUCCCGGUACCAAGCCCACCAGACUGACCGACAAGCCUGCUCAGCUACCUCAGAAGUGCUGCUGA